GAGCUGGAACUUUGUAACCCGAGCGCGCUCGCUCUGCGCUCCUCCCCGCGCCGGUGCAGCCAGCCAGGGAGGCGCAGGAGGUGGGACCUGCGGGCGGGAAGACUCCGGACGCCGGCGCGCGAGGAGCGGGGACCCGGGAGAGCUCGCAGCCCAGAGGAGGAGCUGGAGGGGGAGCGGAGCGCGCGGCCCGAGAACCCGAGGCAGCGGUCCCGGCCGGAGGCGCAGAGGGGCGUCGGGGAGCAGCAGGGCCGGGAGAGUCCCGCUUGGAGCCGAGGCCGGGGGAUCUGGGCUCACAGCCCCGAGUCUCAGCAGCUGCCGUCGCCCAGGAGCAGCAGCUGUGCCCGGGGUCCCGGCCGCGGCGGCCGCGGGAGGAGGAGGAGGAGCUGCAGCUGGACGGUGGCAGCUGGAGGAGGAGCCGCGCCGCUGUCCCGUGCGCCGGGGAGAGGGCCGCGCCGCCCGGGCUGAGCCGCGCUGGGAUGUCCCGCUGACCGCGGCAGUCAUGCAGCUUUGACGGGGCUCUCGGGCGCGGGGACCAGCCGCGGGGCGCGCCCUCCCGGGAAGGGGCAACGGGCGCGGGCAGCAGGACUUUACGGCCGACUCCAGCCCCGCUGGGUGCCCAGCCAUCCACCAUGGAGCCCGUGACCAAGUGGAGCCCCAAACAAGUGGUGGACUGGACUAGAGGGUUAGAUGAUUGCCUGCAGCAGUAUGUCCACAAGUUUGAACGGGAGAAGAUAAAUGGAGAGCAGCUGCUGCAGAUUUCCCAUCAGGAUCUUGAGGAGCUGGGUGUCACACGAAUUGGACACCAGGAACUUGUGUUGGAGGCUGUCGACCUUCUCUGUGCACUGAAUUAUGGCCUUGAAACCGACAAUAUGAAAAACUUGGUUCUGAAACUGCGAGCAUCUUCCCACAAUUUACAGAAUUACAUAAGCAGCCGGAGAAAAAGUCCAGCCUAUGAUGGGAACACCUCCCACAAGCCCCCCAAUGAGUUCCUGACUUCUGUGGUGGAGCUCAUAGGCGCUGCCAAGGCCUUGUUAGCUUGGCUGGACCGGGCUCCAUUUACAGGGAUCACUGAUUUCUCAGUAACGAAGAACAAAAUCAUUCAGCUUUGCUUGGAUCUAACCACUACAGUCCAGAAGGAUUACCUUGUAGCAGAAAUGGAGGAUAAAGUUUUGGCUGUAGUCAAGGUUUUAAAUGGCAUCUGUGAUAAAACAAUCCGAUCUACCACGGAUCCUGUUAUGAGCCAGUGUGCAUGUCUGGAAGAAGUUCACUUACCAAACAUUAAACCUGGGGAAGGCUUGGGCAUGUACAUCAAAUCAACCUAUGAUGGAUUGCACGUGAUUACUGGAACCACAGAAAAUUCUCCUGCAGACAGAUCUCAGAAGAUUCAUGCCGGUGAUGAAGUCAUUCAGGUUAAUCAGCAAACUGUGGUGGGAUGGCAGCUAAAAAAUCUGGUGAGAAAGUUGAGAGAGAAUCCUACAGGAGUUGUGUUACUGCUUAAGAAGCGGCCCACGAGUUCCUUCAACUUCACUCCCGCCCCCCUGAAAAACCUACGAUGGAAGCCGCCUCUGGUCCAGACCUCGCCUCCGCCCACGACCACUCAGUCCCCGGACAGCACGAUGGAUGCCUCACUGAAGAAGGAGAAGCCAGCUAUCAUGGAUCUUUAUAUUCCUCCUCCUCCGACCGUUCCCUACUCCCCCCGGGAAGAGAAUGGGAGUUCCGUUUACGGAUUCAGUAAAUGUAAACAGCCGCAGCCUGGUCCUAAGGGUUCUGAGUCCCCCAAUUCCUUCCUGGACCAGGAAAGCCGGAGACGGAGAUUUACCAUCGCUGAUUCUGAUCAGUUGCCUGGGUAUUCCGUGGAAACCAAUAUUCUGCCCACAAAAAUGAGAGAGAAAACACCAUCCUAUGGCAAGCCCCGGCCUUUGUCCAUGCCUGCGGACGCGAGCUGGAUGGGGAUUGUGGACCCUUUUGCUAGACCUCGAAGUCAUGGGAGGAAAAGUGAGGACGGCCUUUGCCGGUAUUUCAGUAAUGAGCGGAUCUCUCCGAUCAUCGAAGAAAGGUCAUCCCCCACAUACCGUUUCUCAAGGCCCACGACCGAGAGGCAGCUGGUCCGAGGUGCAGACUACAUCCGAGGCAGCAGGUGCUACAUCAGUUCAGAUCUCCACAACAGCGCCACGAUUCCAUUCUCGGAGGAAGGGACCAAAAAGAAAGCCAGCUCCUCGGCAGCCAAGUCCUCUUCUCCAGAACCAUCCCUGCUGGUCAGCUGGUUUACUCGCCUGAAACUGUUGACUCACUGAGCCCUGCAUUCCCGGGACCCUCCCUGUCUCCUGCUACCAAGUGCCUUGCUUCCUCAGUCAGCAACUUGUUCUGAUUUUCAUCCACAGUAUUAUGCAGCAACCUUAUGCGAUUUCGUGGGUUUUCUUUUUUCUUUUUUUUGGAAAGUUGUAUACUGCACUUGGAAUUUUGAAGUCAUUGGAUGGGAACAAAUCCAGAGAAUCUUAGAUGCUGGCUUAUGGAGGCCAAAGGAGAGAAAUGGGGAGAGUCCGCUUUUUUUUUGCUUCCUUAAGAGUCAGGACACGGAGACACACUCUCUAAACCAGAGCCUUGGCCAGGAAUGUUACGGUCAUUGUGAGGAACUGGGCCAUUGUUCUUUUUAGGGGGGUGGGACUACAGUUGGUGGCCACUGUCACACAGAUGUGUUGGGUUUUGGUCCAACUUCUUCACCUGAAAAAGCCAGUGGAGAAAACAGUUUUGUUUUGAUUUUUCAAGCUACAUACCACAUGUGUAAGUGUAGCAGCUUUGACUUUGAAAUAACACGUGGGAAGCAUCUGAUGCUCUUUCAGAGCAGAGGUUUGAGUGUAGGCCAGUUACACUUAGUUAAUGCCCUUUUCAUAACAGUCUCAGUGUAAGUCAAUUAAUACAGAAACACGUGAAAAUGUUUAGAUAGGGCUCACUACACACAAAGAAGUUUAUGGUUAUUUGUGAAGGGUGUUGUAUAUUAUUGUCUUUAAGGGAAAAGAAGCUAUAAGAUUUGCUGACAGCCAAAGUAUCAUUGAGAAAAAUGAAGCAACCAUACUUAGGUUUAUGAGAGAGACAUCAGUUUGCAUUUUGACCUGUUCAAUGACUAUCUUCUAGAAAAGAAUGGACAGUUUUUCAAAAUUGUACACAUUUUGCUAAUUAGAAAUCUCUUGGAAAAUCUUACGGUCACUCAUUUUCAACUAGCAUCAGGUAUUUUGGAAAAGUGUGUCUGGAUAUUAACUCUUGUUUAAACUGAAUGUAUGAUAUUUUGCUAGAAUGGAAAAGUACUAUCUUGUUAAUUUAAGUGUUUUAAAUAUAGUUGUAUAUUUUUCUUACUCUUAGUCACAUGUAAUUGAUAUAUUUCUGUUUUGUGUCCUAAAUGAAGCUAACGAAAAAAGUGUUCAAGAUGUUUUCAGGUUUACCAGUGACCACCUUGGCUGUUGCCACUGUGGGCACUAUUGUUAAAAAAACAAAAUAAACCCUCCCAACCAUUUUAGGAUUUUAUGGAUUAGCAAUGGGGGCGUUGAGGGAGCGUGUGUAAAGUAAAAUUACAUUCGGGGAAUUUUCUGAGCUAUAUCCCUGGGCAAAGGUGGUAUCUCCUAUUCAAAAAUAUUUUCCCCUCACCCCUUGAAUUGUCUACUUUGCUGAACUGCCUGAAAUUGGAGAUUCCUUGGAGUUAAACAUCUUCGUUUUAAAAUGCCUCUGGUGGGACUUCCCUGGUGGUCCAGUGGUUAAGACUCCACGCUUCCAAUGCAGGGGAUGCAAGUUCAAUCCCUGGUCGGGGAACAAAGAUCCCACAUGCUGCGCAGUGCGGCCAAAAAAUUAAAAAAAAAAAAAGCCUCUAGUGGGGUUAAGGGAGCUGGCAACCACUCACAUAUUAGUGUGAAUGAAUUCAGUCAGGCUGUUUUCCUGUCAACCAACCCCCAAGGGAACUGCAGUGAAGAUAUAGUUGUUUCAUGGGGGGUGAAAAGGGGUUUGGCCAGUGGAGGAAAGAAGAGACUUGGAAUGCGUGAUUCAUUGGGUGCUUGACAAUACAGUAUAAGGGCAGAGCAGGGGCGGGGAAGUCUGGUAACAGGACACUGAUGACUAGGAGGGACUUUGGAAAAGGGGGAGAGCCAGCCCUCGCCCUUUGACUGUUAGCGUGGCCCAGAAAAUGGAGUGGCAACUCUUCCUCUCACCUCCAGAUCACUCUCAGAUCCCCUGAGUAAUGAGUUUAGUGGUUUUGGAGGUCUUAGCUGGAGGUCAGCCCCUUUUCUGUGGAGUAAAUGUCCUUUGUGAUCAAAUGACCAUCCUCAAAUGAAUUUUCAGUGCCCAUCUCAAGUACAAUACCUGUGCCCAAUCAGUGUUUUUCAGAUUGUUCCCUGAAGUCCGAAGGGGAGGCCACAGAAGUUUCUGGGUUCUCUACCUUCAAUCAGCCUCCACAGCUUCAUUUUUAUUUUUAUUUGGGAUUUUCUCCUGAAAUGUGUUUGAGAAAUAGAUUGCUGCUUAAAGAA